GGAAACCGUCAGUUUUCAGUAUCACCCGCCGCUCAUUUGCUAGUAUACAGUCGCUCGGUUUACUAUUAGGUACUCGCGUUUAGUGUGUUGCCAUUGCCACAGGCGAAGGCUCUUCGGUGACAAUCUAGUUUGCCUAGUUUGGCACUUUUACGGAACCAGUGUGGGAUGUUUUAGUGAAUUUAGACGUAGAAUAGUGGUUUCCCCCGAUCUGCUUUCGAUUCUAAGUCGAAAUCCUCCGAAUCUUAUUAGUGCUGAAUCAAGGAUAAUCGAUUGUAAAACGAAAAGGUUGAUUAAUAGAAUACCGGAGCGGAAUUGAUAUGGCUGUCACGGUGAAUCAGGUCGUUCCGAUAGCGAUCGGCAUGCUGGUGGUGGUCGCCGGUGCCCUCAUCGCCAACUACCUCCUGAACAGCGGCAAGAAAGACAAAUCUAAGGGCAGCCAAAGUGGUGCGAAAAAAUCCUCCCAACCGCGGACUCUGCUGGAUCCUCAGGAGAAAUAUAUGCUCCCGUUGGUGGAAAAAGAGGAGAUUUCCCAUGACACUCGUCGCUUCCGGUUUGGUUUACCCUCGAAGGAUCACAUUCUGGGGUUGCCGAUUGGGCAGCAUAUUCAUCUGUCGGCGACGAUCAACGAAGAGCUGGUGAUUCGCGCCUACACGCCGGUUUCGUGCGAUGAUGAUCGCGGCCACGUGGAUCUCGUUAUCAAGGUGUACAAAAAGAACGUCCAUCCGAAGUUCCCGGAGGGCGGAAAAAUGUCCCAACAUCUGGAGAGUUUGGCCAUCGGUGAUACGAUAGCGUUUCGAGGUCCGUCUGGACGAUUGCAGUACCUGGGCAAUGGGAAAUUUUCGAUCAAGAAGCUUCGCAAGGAUCCAGCGCAGAUCUAUGAAGCUGAUAAAGUUAGCUUGAUUGCUGGCGGAACCGGUAUAACCCCAAUGUUGCAGUUAAUUCGUGAGAUUCUAAAGCACGCUGAUAAAGACAAAACCCAACUGGCGCUUAUUUUUGCCAAUCAGACUGAAGAAGACAUUUUACUAAAACCGGAGCUGGAUGAUUUGGCUGCGCGAUAUUCGGACCGAUUCAAGUUAUGGUACACUUUGGAUCGUCCGGGCGCUGACUGGAAACAAGGCAAGGGAUUCAUUACGGAUGAAAUGAUCAAGGAGCAUCUUUUCGAGCCGUCUCCAUCAACACUGGUUCUCAUGUGUGGACCUCCUCCGAUGGUUAACUACGCUUGCAUUCCGGCGCUUGAGAAGUUGGGCUACCAGAUGGACAGAACUUUUGCCUAUUAAUGUCGUACCUAUCAGACUACUGCCUUUGUUGCAAAUUUGUUAACAUAAAAAAAAACAUCUAAAAGAAAUUGUUCAUUGCCAAGUCUUUAAAUUUAUGACGUUUGGAAGGUUACGCCAGAUUCACCUGCUUCGGUAAUGACUUUCCGUUAGAAUAGGCGUCCGUACUUUAGAGCAGAAGCAUUUUCCGCAUUCUACCAUUCGUUCAUCACCAUCCCGUAAAGUGUAGAAACUCAUUGUUGUCAUUGUCGCGCAAGUGUCCUAACAUUCAAAGUUGUUUGCCGUCGCCUGGCCUUAAAGUGUCGAUAUCCCUAGAGCAAGCCGUUCGUCUACAAAGACAGCCCAAUUGACUGCGGUUUCUUUAAUGUGUUAAGCCGCGAAAGCCUCCUUAACCUAACAGCUAAUUUAAUUCUGAUGGGACUAACGUAAAAGAUUGAUUAGAAAACGAAUGCAUACUAAUAUGAUGUUGUAAUAGUGGAACAAUAUUAUUCCUAGCACCAAGAUAUUAACCGUCCCUAGCCGGACGCCGCUACUCGCUGUCUAAGACAAUGAGUUAAACUUAAUUAGCGAACCGAGUCGAGAGAAGUGCUUGAUAGAAAACACACUUCUCCAAAUAAAUAGGCACGUAAGUGUAAUGAAUCCUA